CGCGAAUUAAACUAUGUAUUUGUUUAUAUAGUUGAUUAGCGGACCGUUAUCUGUACAAUUGAUAUUAUUUAAGCUUCAACACACAUCAGACCUCAUUACGAGCCAUAGCAUUACGAUCGGAAAAUGAAACUGGCAACGUUGUUUGGUGUGGUGCUUCUUACGCUAGCAGCUGCUGCGCCCAUUGAAGACGACGAUGACAAAAUUAUUGUUACAUCGGAAUUGUUCCCCGACGCUCUCGCUGUAUACACAAGUCAACAUGACAUCGUGAGUCUUACCGUUCCACUCAAUAGCGCUAACUUUGAAGAUGAUGAAAGCCUCAACGAUGACAACUCAGAUAUCCUAACAAUCUUUGUAGAAGCUGAUGUAAAUGAUAAGGGAGAAUACGACUACAAAGGCCUUUACACUCUCAAAGGCGGCAACGCUACGAAAAUUCUAGAAACAGGCACAGACUCCGCUGCAGAUAACUCUGAUUCACAUGACGUGUUCCUCAGCGCCACAGAUGGGCUGUAUGUGUACAAAUCCGAUGUUCACAAAGUGGAGAAAUACGGCUCAGUUAAUGACAAUUUAGUUGGUAUUGCUAAGGUGAACUCUAGCGAAGAUAUCUAUGUCCUAUCCGCUGAUCACGUUCUAUACAAAGUGUCGGAAAAUGGAGAAAAGAAAGAGGUAGUAGAAGAAGUUAAGGGCGCUCGUAAAAUCGUUUUGGACUUCUCUGAUAACCUGUACUACUAUGGUGAAGAUAAGCAACCUUAUGUUCUAAGUGAUGAUGGUGUUAAGAAAAUCGAAGGUCUACCAGCCAACCCUAGCUACGUAGCUUUUGUUAAACCACCAUUCGUGAUUGAAGACGGAGUUAUAUUCAUAUCCGACGAGAAAUCCUACGUCUUAUACGCGAAUGGAACUAGCGAACUGGAUGACUUUGUACUCCAAGUUAAACCUACUGCUUACGCUAUGGAGGCUACAUUAAUACAAUAUUACGCUUAUGAAAAGAAAAUAUACGAGUACAAUAUAUUAGCCUUGCUGCUUAGCAAUGUUUUGGAUGACAUCAAAAAAUUCUUGGAAGACAAAUCCACUGAGAUUGAAUCUAUCGCCACCCGCUCCAGAGGUAGUUUAAGGGCUUAAAUUAUAGAUGGCGCUUAAAUAAAUGUUUUUGACGUAA